AUGGCCCCUUGUGAUACCCUGAUUGUCGUUGAUACUUCGGAUUGCGUGCCAGAUAGAGGCACCUCGCCACAUCUCUUGGAUAGUAAUAUUUUUACAUCGAUCCCAGACACGGGCCAACUCCCCUCAUCCCCUCCUAUACCUAGCCCGUCGUCUCGUUCCACUCUUAAGAAGUUGCCCGCAAGGGCUGAAUCCACCCUUUUUGUCUUUGCCACGACUACUCUCACGAUUACUGCUACUACUUCUCCUAGUGGACUCUUAUCGAGUCAUCCACGCUCAAGUUAUACGCCUGCAAGUUUCACGCCAACUUCGACAAUAACGAGUUCUACUCUGUCACGUUCCACGCCAUCAACUUCUGCGCCGGAAUCGUCAAAACAAGCAGUGACAGCAACAUCAUCCAGACCCCCAGAAGCUACGGGCAGUGUGGUAGUGGCUAGCGAACGCUCUAGUUCAAAAGAAGUACCCCUGCCGAUUCUUGCUCUGUUGAUCAUUCUAGCAAUAGCCGCUGUCAUGUUAUCUCUAGCGAUAUGUCGUGUAAGGAAGAGUAGCAAGUUCUGUAGGCAAUGCAGAGAGGCUAUCGUUAGCCAAACGCUUACAAAACAAACGCCUCCAGCGCACGAUCAUGGCACAUUUACGCUGUCGGGAGCAGCCAAUCAAUCACGUUUGACAGAAAGGAUAAGGGGUAGUAUGGGCUCAUCCGCGUUGAAUUUAAAUGGCCAACUAGCCCAACCUCACAUUCGCGAUGAACCUCGAGGAAUUCGUCAGUGGACGACAGUUGAAGAAAGUAACUCACGACCCCUUGAUUUCCCAAUAGCCACCAUGGCUCCAAGGAUCCCCCAGCUAAGCUGGGAACGCCCUAAACCUGAUCCUAUGAGCCUUUAUGCCCGUGCUUCAGCUAGUGGCCGGGAGGAACAACGAGGCCGUUCAUCGAUCUCUGUUGCGUCUAUAAUCGACGAGUACGCUCAAUUCCCCAACGAUAAUAGGUAUCUCGAUACCUUCCAAGUCGUCGGGAACAACGGUGUUCCAGGAAAUCCACAAAACCUGACGGCUGAUGAAAAUUUUUUAGUGGAUUUGCGAAACGGAAGUUUACGGCGUCGGACGCGGGAUGAUUACCCUUCUCAACCUAGUGGGGAGGAUGAUACAACACGCUGCGCGAUCCGGUCUCCAACUGAACCAUAUACUCAAAUUCGGGAGAGGCAAGAAGGGCAACUCGGAAUAACGAAAGUGGGGGGUACUGCGCCCGUUUCUCGACAUGAACAGUCUCCUAUUAGUCAAUAUAAAGAGUCUUCGACGCAGACAUCUAGACAGGUACAUCAGGACCGGCAAACUGAAUCAAGUUACAGCCCUACGAGCUCGUCAUGUGCCAGUCAGCCCAGCUCGAUGACAUCGUGGGCUUCACCCUGGCCGGUGAAAACCGGAAAUGUUAGCGAUCGGCUUACUCCAAACUUUGUCGCCAGGCCAAGUAUGAGUAGUCAUACACCCGCCGAUGCAACGCAGGAUUCAGACGAUAAUAUUAGCACCAUGCUAAAUCGUUGGGCACUUCUUGAUCGACAAAACCUGGGUCUCGUUGAUCAGGUCCCACUUCGAUCUUACUCGGCGCGGGAUAAGCUAAAUGACCAUUUAAACAACAAGCGCAGGCUUAAGCUUCAUGUGUCGAAUGUCCGAAGGUCAAUGUCGACUACACUUCCGGAAAUCUUGUCGAGGUUACCCUCCUCGGGAGCUAACAGGGCGGGAAAAAAUGAGAAUGCUGAAUUAUACGCACCGAAGAACUGUCGGAACAAACUGGUAGAGGAGGACCCAAAUAUUGGUUCAACCCAUAUCGAGACUUGCACUGCAAUUGACGAGCAUCUAGAACCGCCCAAUGCUGAAUUUGACGAUGUCGACUCUCGCGAUCACGUAUUUGGCAGACCUUCCUUACAGCAGCGAACUUACAGCGAAAGCAUAUAUUCGCGACCAACAACAUUGCACCGGCUCCCAGAGGAUACCCAGGCAGGGGAUGAACAAUGGGGAGGCCAAGGAUAUCCAAGGCUGAGACGUUAUGCUAAGCAGUCUUAUGGAAGCCCAGAAGCCGGACCUAGUCAGUCCACACCAGCUCCGCCAUUCCGUAAUGAAGCCGGCGACCGUGAUUCGCCAACCGGUUACGAAAAUAACCUCUACGGUGAGCAGGGUAGUCGAGAGCAAGGAGCCCCGACGAAGAAUGAUCAGUUUGGUAAGUUAUCCCUCGGCGAACCAGGGACGAUUCGCGACGAUUCACUUCGUUGGCAUACGCGUAAUAUGAUUGCUCCUCGUGAUCCUGUCAAGGGUAACGAUGCUGGAGGUCCUGCGGACCCAGAGCCGAGAUCAUUUAUUAGUGGGUACAAUCAAAACUACAAAUGUGACAUCUUUGAUGAGGAGAAAAAGAAGAAGUUCAUCAUAUUUCUUGCAAAGAUGGCCCGUGGACGGAGCCCCAAGGGUCCAAAGGACACGUACAUUUUGCUGUUGUGGAAGCAAUUCACGGCUGAAUGGGCCCGCAGAAAAGAGAAGCUGCCAUCCCCUGUGACCAGCUCUGGCUCUAUGUUCAUUGCCCAAGAAUUACACCUACAUGCCGCUAUCAAUCGUGAUAUCUCCGCGAGAGACUUUGUUACAUUGAACCAUUUUAGAAACCUGAUUCAGCAGCUAUGGAAGAAUGAUUGGUACGAGUUUCCAUUCCCAAUAUACCGGGUGUAUUUCUCGGCGUUCCUCAAGAUGUGUAUGUAUUCAACCGCUCGGGUGGGCGAGUACCUCGAGUCGACAGCGCGGCGGGGUUCAGGCCGAGGUCUCCGUGUCCCUCAGGAUAUGACGUUCCUGGUUAUUAACAAUUCCAAGAGUCAAGCUGAAAUCAUAAUUCGGCCAAAAAGAGAUGCAAAGAAAGAACAUGCGCAAGAAGGAAAACAAGCAGUUAGUCCCUACCAGAACCCUGAUCGGAGCCACCGCCUGGGGAGGGACAGUGGCCUGACCGGUGAGAUCCUUACGGCAACCUGGGCGGAUAAAGGGCUUGCGAAGCUGGGCCGCCGUGCAGGGUAUGAAAAAUUGAUCAGCGUCCAUGAUAUGCGGGCAGAGGGCCUAGUCCGAACAAAUGAAAACGGGCAUUCGAUGGAGGAGUUGAUGCAGAUGGCCGGCCAUGGGGGCAACCCACGAAUAUUCUUUGAGCAUUAUAUGAGCUCAACCAGCAGUGUUCAGGGUGUGUCAAACAUCCUAAAAUUGGAGCGCCGUAAAGACAUCGCAGAGCCCUUCCGUGGCUUGACAUUGCGGCGUCACCCACAACUGUGGCAGGCUCUGCCUGCAAAACUGCAGCAGGACCACUUAUACAAUCCAUGCCGAUAA